GCCAGAUUGCAAACUGCUAGACAAGAUUGAGGUCACAUGUUCUUACAAUUAAUCGAGACGUCCGACUUCCAGCAUUAUUGUUAUUGAUUCAGAUUUGGCCUGACAUGGAUGAAAUUGACGUUCCCUCUGAUUUUCUCUGCCCGAUUUCUAUGGAAAUGAUGAGAGAUCCCGUCACGGUCUCUACUGGGAUAACCUACGAUCGAGAAAAUAUUGAAAGAUGGUUGUUUUCAUGCAAGAACAACAGUUGUCCGGUAACGAAGCAAGUUUUGAGCAAUACAGAGCUUACUCCAAACCAUACUCUACGCAGGUUGAUCCAAGCAUGGUGCACCCUCAACGCCUCGCAUGGAAUUGAACGCAUUCCCACCCCAAAGCCACCCAUUGAAAAAGUCCAAAUUCUCAAAGUACUUAUCGACGAGGCAAAGAAGCUGCCCAAUUCGCAAGUACUCAUCUAUCUCAGAAGACUCAGAUCUAUUGCAUUUGAAAACGAAAGGAGCAAGAGAUGCUUAGAGGAGGCUGGUGGAGUUGAAUUCUUAGCCUCAAUCGUAGAGAAUGGCAACAAUGACAUAACUGUAACUGAAGCAGCUGUUGAAAUUCUUUCAAGUCUUAAAACCUCAGAAACACAUCUGAAAAAUCUGCUAAACAACGAUGGUGAAUUCCUGGAGUCCUUAACGCAAGUUUUGAGGCGUGGAAACUUCCAAUCUAGAGCUCGCAUAACUCUGCUACUGAAGUCCAUUUUCGAAGUUGCCGAUCCUAUCCAUUUAAUCAGCCUCAAACUCGAAUUCUUUGAGGAGUUGGGACAUGUUUUAGAUGACCAGAUAUCACAGCAAGCCUCCAAGGCGGCGUUGAAGAUUUUGGUGGAGCUUUGUCCCUGGGGAAGAAACCGAAUCAAAGCAGUGGAAGGCGGUGCAGUUCCAGUCUUGAUAGAGCUCCUUAUUGGGUCAUCAGAUCAUAGGAGAUUUUGUGAGCUCGUGCUUAUUGUUUUGGAUCAGCUUUGUGGCUGUGCAGAAGGGCGGGCGGGGUUGUUGAAGCAUGGGGCAGGAAUGGCGAUUGUGUCCAAGAAAAUACUUCGAGUUUCCCAUGCGGCAAGUGAUAGGGCAGUGAGGAUUCUGUCCUCACUUUGUAGGUUCUCGGCGACCUCUAGGGUUCUUCAUGAAAUGUUGCAAUUGGGUGUUGUGUCCAAGUUGUGCUUGGUGCUUCAGGUUGAUAGUAGUUUAAAGACAAAAGAAAGAGCUAGAGAGAUCCUCAAGUUGCACUCUAGGGUUUGGAAGAAAUCUUCUUGUAUUCCGGCUAAUUUGCUUGCAUCUUAUCCAUCUUCUUGAUGAUAUAGCUACUUUAUGUACAAAAUGGAAAUAGGGUAAGGUUUGGGGGACCCCAAAUCAAUAAUGCAAAUAAGGUGUAGGGAAAAUUGAUGAGAUGCUCACAA